AUGGUUCUCAGAAGCUGUCAUGCUAUCCAGGAUUUGGUCCACACACACAACUUCACUAGACAAACCUCAAAGCUUGGCAUACCUUCUUAUAGAAAGAGUUCUAGGUCAAGAAGACAAGAUUGGAGAAUAGCGAUGACUUUCGACACUAAUGGAUUUACUGCCAAUGAUAACCAAGAUAGCCUCAAUGAAGACAACUCUGGUCUUGGUGGAACUCGUUUGGGCAGGAUAGUAGGUGCUGGUGGUAGGCAGCUGUUGAGUAAACUGAAUUCAGCUCGGAAGAAUUUUCCCAUGAAGGUAUUUCUUCUCCUCUUAGGAUUUUACACAGCAAAUGCCUUGGCUACGAUUCUUGGGCAGACGGGAGACUGGGAUGUAUUGGUAGCUGGAGUGGUUGUUGCUGCUAUAGAGGGUAUUGGUAUGCUAAUGUAUGGAAAACCCAUCUUUACGGGGAGGCUACAGUCUCUUGUUGUGAUGGUGAACUAUUGGAAAGCUGGGGUUUGCUUAGGACUCUUUGUUGAUGCUUUCAAAUUAGGCAGUUGA